UGAUCCUAAUCUUUCACUAACCAAGUUCAUUUUAUUUUUUGUAUUGCAACCACGGUUUCUUGAUCAAACUGAGACAGAACCCUAAGUCCCUCGUUCGCGACUUCGCGCCCUCAUUCUCCGGCCAUUUCCGCCGUCCGCCGGCCAUUCCUUCGGCCGUUGUUCGUCUGGUAUCCUCGCAAUCUCUCGUCUCGGCCUGCACAAGUGUCAACUGGUUUGGUAUAGGGUUCCAGUUAUCUAACUGCUGGAGCAACUUACACUAACAGUGUGAAACCAAGUGGACAUCAAAGAAAAAGAUAGACAAUUAGGUGAUAAUGGAAUGGUUAAGCAUCAAAUGGUAUUGACUGGAUGUCUGCUAUUUGAGUCUUAGAAGGACGUUAGAGCAAAGUUUGUGUCCGUUACUACAUUCCAUGGGAACCAGGGGUGUGAUUGCUGACAAAUGGUCCAUGAGAGUUCUUUGGGCUACUGCUAUUGGAAGUGCUAUCAGUCUGUAUAUGGUUGCUGUAGAAAGACAAAUACAGAACAGGGAGAGGAUGUUGGCCGAAGGAUUGAAGGCAAUGGAGGAGUCAGGGGAAAGCAAUGGCAAAGAUGUUUAAACUUUGUCACACCAUGGUUUCAUGAAUAAUGUGUAGUUUCUUAUAGCAGAUUUUCAUAAAGGUGAUUUUGCUUAUGUAAAAGUCUUUGCAUAAUUGCAUUCACUUUUGUCCCUUUGCUAACAAGAUAAUUUGAUAAGGGUGUGAGCUCUGUUGGAAAAUAAUGAAGUAGAGUUUCAUUUCAA